UUCUUCACGUGUUUGAACACUAGGCCCACUAUUAUUGGACCAAAAAGAAUGGCCCAAUGCGAAAUAUUUGCAUCUCUCUCCUCCACUAAAAAUAAGAAAAAUGGAUAAUCCUCGAAAAAGAUAAGUCCCUAACGACUCAUGCAACAUCCACAAUCUGAAGAAGGUGAAUACCACUGUGUCUCUGUUCUCAACAAGUAAAGCUAAUGAUUUCACUACAUCCCUAUAAAGCCUGUGUUCAAAUUCAAUCAACAUGUCUCUUAAACCCUUCAAAGCUUAUUAGGAGUUACAAAGCAAGGCCAAGGAAGGUAUCAUCACCAACACCAAAUACAAGACAAGUUAAAUGCAGCAAUAGUGGCGGACAACAAGGAGACAAGAACCCCGACAAGAGAACCUUCUUGACACUCGAAGAAGCUGGUUUGGUGGAGAUGUCUGGUUUGAGCUCACAUGAGCGUUUUCUAUGCCGUUUAACGAUAUCGUCUCUAAAUUUAUUGAGAGUGAUAUCAGAGCAAGAAGGGUGUACAAUUGAAGAGCUGAAUGCUGGGAAAGUGUGUGAUUGGUUCCUUAAAGACAAACUCAAAAGGGAGCAGAACGUUGCCUCUGCGGUUCUUCAGUGGGAUGAUUCCGAGUUCAUGUUGUAACCCCCUUCAUUUUCUUUUGCUUUUUUAAGGGAUAAUAAUUAUUAUUAUGUUAGAGAGAGUGUGUGUGUGUGGUAACAGUGUCACUCUUUUUUUUGUUGAAAAGUCUAGGGCCAGCAAUUUAUUGAAUUUUGGCCUAUAUGUAAUCAGCAGAAAAAUAUAAACCAUUAGAUGAAAUUUCACACCAUCAAAUCAUCAUUAGUGGUUAGUUAAUGGCUAGUUAGUUAAUGGCUACAAUCAUAAAAGUUACUGACCCUAGCAUUGUUUAUUUUUUGUUUUUUUGGCAUUGGAUUCUAGUGGCCUGGUAAAAUGUGCCAAGAGUGUCGCUUCUUUGUUACUCAAUAUUUUCGGAUUCGCGAUUACACGUUUUCUGAUAUGGAAUGCUUCUCCUUUGUCUUUCAA